AUAAGAAAUAUACGCAAAAAUCGUUUUGAAAAAAAUACAAUUAAGAUGCCACGUAAUGUUGGGCGACCUGGCCGUGGAUUCAAACGUUUCAAUGCUGAUAAUAUGGCGAAUUUUGGUGGUGGAUAUGGAUUACCAUCGUUAAUGGGUCCACCUGGACCUGGUCCAAUGAAUGAUUAUAUGGAUGGAAUGUGGUUUGAUCGUUCAGGACCAUAUGAUAAUGGUGGUAUGGAUGAUCGUCAAAAUGCACGUAUUGUUAAUUGUGGUGAAUUACGUGAAAAUAAUGAGGGUAAUAUUGUGGAAAUAAGUGGUCGUAUACAAAAUCAACAAUUGGGUAGAUUUGUUGUUAUUAAAGAUUCACAUGGGGCAACACAAUUAGUUGCACAAGAAGAGAAUCUUAUACGCCGUUUACAAAAAAUUCCGGUAUAUGCUAACAUUUCUGUGAUUGGAAGAGUAAAAAGAAGACCACUUCGACAAAUCAACGAGAAAAUUGCAACUGGUGGUAUUGAAGUGAACAUAAUCGAUAUUUUAAGUGUUCGACGAACAAAUCCAGUACAAUUUGUACACAAAGCUCCAAAAUUACAAGCAUUACAGAUACGUAAUGCACGCACCAAAGCUGGUAAUGUCAUUAAAAUAACAAGUACAGAAGUGAAACGUUGUUUAACACCUGGUAUUAAAGAAGCAUUCCUGCAACGUAGCCAUACAUGCGGUGAGUUAGGCGCUGAACAUGUUGGCCUUAAAGUCAGUCUGUGCGGUUGGAUAUGUCACAAUCAUUUUUGUAAAUUUAUUCAUGUCAAAGAUGGGUAUGGUGUUGUACAAGCGGUUGUGCCCCCAAAUAAAACUGAAUUGGGAGAUGUAUUAAAAGAUGCUGAACCAGAAAGUAUUGUUGAAAUUACAGGAGUUGUGAAAUAUCGUCCACCGGGCCAUGAAAGUCCUGCGUUGGAAACUGGUUUAAUUGAAGUUGUAAUGGACACAUUAUCAAUGGCUAAAGAUCGUAUACCAAGUUUAAAAUCAACAACUGAACCGAAUGAUGAAGAUUUAGAAAAGGAUCCCGAUAAUAAUGUCAAUUUUUUUACUAACCGUACACACACAUGUGGUCAAUUACGGGACGAUCAUAUUGGACAAGACGUAACACUAUGUGGUUGGCUUGAAUUUGAACGCAUGAAAAAAUUUAUUAUUAUACGUGACUCGUACGGCUCUACGCAAUGUGUAAUUCCAGAUGAACGACAAGAUUUAAUUGAUUUAAUACGUUCAGUUGCAUACGAAUCCAUAAUUGAAGUGAAGGGCACAGUGGCUUCUCGUCCACCGAAUUCAAUAAAAACUGAUUCAGCCACUGGACAAAUUGAAGUGUGUGUUAACAGCUUAGCAAUACUCAAUAAAGCAACACCAAAUUUACCAUUUAAUAUACGUGACUAUCAAAAACCAAAGGAAGCUUUACGUAUGCAAUAUCGUUAUUUGGAUUUACGAUUUCCUGAUAUGCAAUAUAAUUUACGUAUACGAUCCAAGUUACUCAUGAAAUUCAGAGAAUUUCUCAUUAAUAAAUGUGAAUUUGUGGAUGUUGAAACGCCUUCGUUGUUUCGUCGUACACCUGGAGGUGCUCAAGAAUUUAUAGUUCCAACACAAAUUAAAGGAAAAUCGUAUGCAUUAACACAAAGUCCACAACAAUUAAAACAAAUGUUAAUGGUCGGUGGUGUUGAUCGAUAUUUUCAAAUUGCAAAGUGUUUUCGUGACGAACGUGGGCGAGCUGAUCGUCAACCAGAAUUCACGCAAUUAGAUAUUGAAAUGUCAUUUGUAGAGCGUGAUGGUGUUAUUAAUUUAGUUGAACGUCUAUUAAAAUUCGCUUUCGCUGAUUUAGGUAUUGAAACGCCAUUUAGACGAAUGACUUAUCAUGAAGCAUUGACUACUUAUGGUACGGAUAAACCCGAUACUCGUUUUGGUCUUGAGCUUGUGAAUUGUACAGACGAUUAUAAUGCUGGAAAAACUGAUGAAGAAAAACAAGAAAAUAUUGUAAUGUAUGGUAUUUUGGUACAAAAACCUGAUUUGACAAGAAUACCAUCAAGUUUUAAAAAAUUUAUUGAUUUUUGGCUCAAAAACUAUGGAGAUAAAGUAAAAUUUAAGAGCGAAUAUGUACCACAAAGUGAAGAUGAUUUCGUCAAGACUUUAUCACCGGACCUUAGUGAGGCUGCUGUAAAAUCAUUAUAUGAAUCAUUAAAACCACAACCGAAGGAUUUACUAUUUUUAGCAAUUGGAAGCUUUGAUGAAGUUGUGGAGUUUUUGGGACGAUUACGUUUAGAAUAUGCAAAUCAAGUACCUAAACCACGAUCAAUAAAAAAUUCCGAUGCAUAUGAUUUUCUAUGGAUCACAGAUUUUCCAUUAUUUGAAAAAGGAGACACCGAAGGUAGCUUAAAAUCUGUACAUCACCCAUUCACCCAACCGCAUCCCGAUGAUAUUGAAUUAUUAGAAACAGAUCCAUUAAAAGUACGAAGUCAAGCAUUUGAUCUUGUACUAAAUGGCUACGAGGUUGGUGGUGGCUCAAUACGUAUACACGAUAGUCAAUUUCAACAACGUAUUUUCCAAAUGUUAAAUAUCGAUUCGAGUGAAAUGAAACAUUUGUUGUCGGCAUUAGAUGCAGGAUGCCCUCCACAUGGUGGUAUUGCAUUGGGCAUUGAUCGACUUUUAUGCACAGUACUACGAACGGCUAGUAUAAGAGAUGUGAUAGCGUUUCCAAAGAAUAUUGAUGGUAAAGAUAUGUUAUGUGGUGCACCGACACCAUACUUAGAACAAGAUAUUCAAACAUACCAUUUAAAGGAUUUAGAGCAAACGGGCGAGCCUAACGACACAGAUGUAUCCAAUAUAUCUGAAAAAACUCAAAUUAAAGAAGAAAGUGACAAUGACAAUAAUGAAAAUGGUAACAGUGAUGUAGAAUCGAAACAAGAAAAGUCCUAAAAUAUUACUUUUUUGUUUUCUUUUCUAAAUAUUUUUUUAUUAUAUAAAAACAAUAAACGGUACAAGUUCAAUUUAGCGAUUUUUACUAAAAUUGAUGUUAAAACAUUCGGGUAAAUCUAUUAUGUAUUUUUUUUACAUAAAUCACAAAUCGAUAUGUAUUAAAAUU